AAAAUGAAGCCCAAAUCUUGAACGCGCUGCCUUGGAAUAGGGGUAACACUCAACACAUAAGAAAAUGUAAAGGAAAAAAACCCUGGUAGAGCCCUUCAUCUAUUCAGUUCAGCUGUUCUUAAUUCUUAUUCCUCUGGGUUUUUGUUGCAACCGUUGUUUUUCUAGGCAAUCUUCAUCGGACUCCCAUCUUCAACCCCAACAUUUGCUUCAAUCAGGAAGUGCACCCAAGAAAUUGAAUCAAAAUGGAAGAAAAGGCUGAUGGUAAUCCAAAUAGAGAGUUAUAUGCUUUGCUUCAUAUCUCCCCAGAUGCUUCAACCGAAGAAAUUCGUAAAGCUUAUCGUCAAUGGGCUCAAAUUUAUCAUCCCGAUAAAUAUCAAGAUUCUGAUAUGAAAGAUAUUGCAACGAAGAAUUUCCAACGGAUAUGUGAGGCAUAUGAAAUACUCUCAGAUGAGAAUAAAAGACAGAUAUAUGAUAUAUAUGGUAUGGAAGGUUUAAUUUCUGGUUUAGAACUUGGAGUAAAGCUAAAUAAAGCUGAAGAAAUAAAGGAAGAACUUGAAAGAUUAAGACGUCUGAGGGAACAAGAGAAGAUUUCCCAGAUUCAACCUACUGGGUCUAUUGUAGCUAACUUGUCAUUGCCAGACUUUUUGGAUGGUGAUGGCAUUAUGAAGGGAAUGGCCACGACCAGUGAGGUGCAGUCUCAAAUUUCCAAACGCGUUGCAGUUGCUAUUGGUGGGAACUUAGCAGUUACAGGCAAGUCAGGGGCUGGAGCUGCUACAGCUGUAGUUAAACAUCAAAUAUCUUCAGUUGCAUCCAUUGAGUUUAUGGCUUCUGCUGGUCUGAGUUCACUUAUUGGUGUACAAACAACACGCCACAUAUCACCGCAUUCUACUGCGACCGCUGGACUAGCUAUGUCGCUAAAUGAUGGAUCAAUCAAUCUUUCUAAUACAUGGACGCGUCAACUGUCGCAAUCUUCUAAUGGAAAUAUACAACUUCUCCUGGGUACAGAAACAUCUAUUACUGUUGGUUGGCAGAAGAAAGAAGAAAAAAUGUCUGCUGCUGGAGAGAUAAAGCUUGGUACCGGCUUUUUUGGGGCAUCAGCUUACUAUACUCAUCGCUUUUCAUCGAAGUCUCAUGGGCGUAUAGCUGGCAGAGUAGGAAGUAAUGCUCUUGAGUUGGAAAUUGGUGGUGGACGUAAAAUAUCUAAUUUUAGUACAAUACGGAUGCUAUAUUCUAUAGGGAUUCAGGGUAUCUCCUGGAAGUUUGAAUUGCAUCGUGGUGGUCAAAAGCUAAUAGUUCCUGUAUUGCUUUCCAGUUUUAUAAAUCCUGUGUUUGCUGCAGGGGCAUUUAUUGUUCCAACAUCACUUUAUUUUGUAACUAAGAAAUAUAUUGCGAAACCUUAUUAUCUUAGACGGGAGAAGCAGAAGGCUUCUGAAGUUAUGGAGAAAACAUCAGGCCAGGUUCAAGAGGCUAGAGCAGCAGCAGCAAAGGCUCAGAAGCUGUUAGAAAAUGUGGCCAACAGGAAGAGGAAUAAACAAACUGAAGUUGGUGGAUUGAUCAUCACAAAAGCGCUAUAUGGUAGUGCAAGGGUUCUAAAGAGGCAGGAUAAUUCAGAGGAAUCAACUGGUGAUGAUUUUGAUUCACAAAUUAUUGACGUGACCAUUCCCUUGAAUUUUUUGGUUAAUGAAUUGGGGCAACUGAAGCUUCACGAUGGUGUGAAGAAAUCAGGCAUCAUGGGUUUUUGUGACCCGUGUCCGGGAGAACCCAAGAAACUGCUCGUUUGGUACACAUACAACACUCAAAACUUCAAGGUGAUCGUGGAUGACUACGAGGAGUUACGGAUACCCCAGGAAGCUCAUCGUCUAUAGAGAGUUGUUCUCCAGCAACAGGACCUCUUAGUUUUCAGGCUCGUAUACAACUUGACACUCUAUCUUUUCUGUUGUGAUCGCUUUUGUAAUUAUACGAAUGAUGCUCUAAAAAUUUUCAUUAAAUUUCUUCUUUCGAUUCAUCCUCAAAGUCGAGGGAAUAAAACGAAUUCACCAUUGGGAAUGAA